AUGACAGCAGCAAACACAUACAAAACGUCCAACAAGGAGAACGUCCCUUAUGCCCAUCUACCGGGCAAAAUAGCUACCACCGGAAUCACGGCCCAGUUUACCAAGUCCACUGCCGCCGCGCCCAAUUUCGCAUCUGGCCAGGAUGUGGGAUACGUUGGCAGCAGUAGCAGCAGCUCGGAGCUCAAGUUCCAGUCGUACGUGAAUGGCAAUGGCAAUGGGGUGUACAAGAUCAUCAAGACACUGGGCAAGGGCAACUUCGCCAAGGUCAAGCUGGCGAUCCAUGUGCCCACCGGUCGGGAGGUGGCCAUCAAGGUGAUCGACAAGACCCAACUAAAUACAAGUGCCCGCCAGAAGCUCUAUCGAGAGGUGGAGAUCAUGAAGCAGCUGAACCACCCGAAUAUUGUGCGCCUCUUCCAGGUGAUCGAGUCGGAAAGGACCCUCUACCUGGUGAUGGAGUACGCCAGCAGGGGCGAGCUCUUCGAUCACCUGGUCAAGAACGGAAGGAUGCGAGAGCCGGAGGCCCGGGUGCUCUUCCGCCAGUUGGUAUCCGCCAUCCAGUACUGUCACAGCAAGCAAAUUGUGCAUCGUGAUCUGAAGGCGGAGAACCUACUACUCGACCAGAAUAUGAACAUGAAGAUCGCCGACUUUGGCUUCAGCAAUAACUUCGAUCUGAAUGCCCAGUUAGAGACGUUCUGCGGAAGUCCACCGUAUGCAGCCCCCGAACUCUUCAAAGGCAGGAAGUACUCCGGUCCGGAGGUGGACUCGUGGUCAUUAGGAGUGGUGCUAUAUACCCUGGUUAGUGGUUCCCUACCUUUCGAUGGCGGUACUCUGAAUAAGCUUCGUGAACGAGUCCUUCGUGGCAAGUACCGUGUGCCCUACUACGUUUCCAUGGACUGCGAAAUGCUGAUGAGGAAGUUUUUGGUUCUGAAUCCCUCCAAGCGCACUACCUUAUCGGCAGUCAUGUCGGAUAAGUGGAUUAAUCUGGGUCACAGUGAAGGCGACAAGUUGCGCCCGUUUCUGGAGAAGCCCAUGGAUCUACAGGAUGACGCUCGUCUGGACUUUUUGGUGAGCAUGGGCCACAAGCUUCUGGAUGUGGAGCAGUCGUUAAAGAAGCAGCAGUUCGACGACAUCUACUGCACAUAUAUGCUCCUGGGAGUGGCCAAACUGCGCUCUUCAAACCGCAACCCUUCGGGAGAUAAGCCGAUUUUUUCCCCAGUCAGCAGUAGGAUUAAAACUACGACUGUCACCAUAGCUCAAGUAAAGCUCGCAUUGGACAAGAAUCCACCGACCAACUCUAAAGCAGCUGCGGGUCACCCCAUAGCUCCUCGUUUGGCGAAUGUCUUAAAAACGCCCACUGCCACGCCUUCUUCGGGAUUGCAGGCCAAAUUUAUCCGCCGCACGCCAGUAAACAAGGACAACAACCCUUUGGGCGGCCAAGGAAACUUGAGCCAUCCGCAAGCAACGCAGCCCAAAAGUGCCCAGCGACAAGUGGCUUUUGCCCAAACCAAAAAGGUUUCCAGUAUCCCACAACGCUUUCAGGUCACCAGUUUGCAGACUCCAAACCAAACUCCGGUAUCCACAAGACGACCCACGAACCUUUACGAAAAGACGGAGUCGGCGGCCACAUCGCCGACCAACUUCCAAUCCCCAUUGUUAUCCGCUAAUGUCAAAAAACACACCUCCCGAACAGGAUUCUUCUCCAAGUUGUCCGAACGCUUAGGCAUAAGAAUGUCGAACGAGAAGGUUGUCGCUGAUCAUCGCCUGAACUCCACCAAAUAGAGGAGAGCAAAUGAAACAAUCAAGUGAUACAGCUGAGCACUCCCGAACGGACAAUUGGCAUUGUGUCCAGUUGGUAUUUUUAUUGAAAACGACUAAAAUUUAGUAUAACAAAUAAAUGUUGAUUUUAUUGAUAUGUGUUACGAGCUGAGGUGAUCGUUCUGAACUGAUCUUGAAACUUGACUGUCAAAAACCAUUAAAAUAAAUUAAGACGAUCGCUUUAUCUUUUUACCCAAUUCCUUUUAUAUAUUAGAAUAAAAUAUACCAAUAAAUUUUGAUAAGUAUAAAUGUAAA